AUGGCUCAAGGAAGCGAAUCGUCUGCUGUCCUGGAGACGGCGCGUCUCCGACUCGAACCAAUUGAUCUGGCUCACUUGGAGGGGUUCCAUCGGAUUUGGUCCGAUCCCAAUACCACACAAUGGAGCCCAUGGAGGCUCCUUGGAAGCCCCAAUGGAUUUUCUACCCUUCCAAUUCAAUACCCCACAACCCGACUUCACUUACCAACCUAUACUCUGCCGCAUUGUAGUUCCAAAGGCGUCUCUCCAUCCCUCGAGGAAACCAAACUGCGCAUCAGUCGCAUCCUGCCUGAUCCCACUCAACCUGGAAUCGUCAAUUACGGAGUGUUUAUCCGCCAACCCCAACCUUCACUCCAAACCACUCCAGUUCCAACUCCGUCCCCAUCACCGAUUCCCACCGCCAACGCCAACUCUACGACCACCCUCUCCUCCUCCUCCUCCUCCUCCUCCUCCUCCUCCUCCUCCUCCUCCCCCGUCUUCGGCAUCGUCGGCAUCCACAAAGACGACCCCGUCCCCGAAAUAGGCUACCUCUUCCAUCCCUCUGUCUGGGGUCGAGGCUACGCCACGGAAGCGGUAUCGGCCGUGGUGAGCCGGUAUUUCCACCUGCGACCCGAGGCGGCCUGCAUCGAGGCGAGAGUGGAUUCGACGAAUGGGCCGUCGAUCCGGGUGUUGAGGAAGUGCGGCUUUGAGGAGAUUGAGACGUUGGUGGGUGGGGCGGUUGCGGCAUGGAUGGAGCCGCAGGUUCGGGAUUUGGUGGUUUUGCGGGUGGGGAGGGAAAGGAAGGCUGUUGAUGAGAGGGUGAAGGUGUGA